UAAUGUCUGGUCAUUGUCAAUUGUUGUGAAGUUUCCGCAUAGUGCAUACCCUGUCAACAGCACUGUCUGUUCUUUUGCAUUUGGCGACUUGGCGUUGUUUUGUCGUCACUCGUCAGUCAUCAGUGGUUUUUACUUUGUAAUUUUUACUUCUGAGUCGUUUGACUACUGUUCGUUUCUAUUAUUGAAAUAUUACCUCUAUUCAACUGCUAUGACCACAUUAUUGGUGAUCAAAUCAGCUAUGGCUGGUCUGGUGAUCGGUCGUGGUGGAGCCACGGUCAAGAACAUCGAACACGACAGUGGUGCGAUGGUAAAGAUAACCAUGGGUGAUACAGCGGACACGCGGAACGUGAAGAUAAUUGGCAGUGAAGACGCUCAGCGUUUAGCCAGUGGCAUGAUCGAAAAAAUCGUUGGUAAGGUUUUGCGGUCGGAAACGAUUUCUACUCCACCACUACCGCCCAGGCGACAAACACGUGAUCGUGGCGUGGGUAGACUGCGACCAAACAAGCUGGAGACCUCACCGUUAGAGAAAAUUUCUAUUAGUGACGAAGCUUGGAAUAAAAACGUCUCGGAAAAGAAGCAAGAGGACCACGAGAUUUUACAGUCAUUGCCGUCGAUCAUCAAAGACUUCUAUGUGGAGCAUGAGCAAGUAAAAGCCAUGUCUGAUGAAGAAGUGCAAUCGUUUAGAACUGCUCAAAAUGGUAUUACUGUAAAGUACACAGAUGGUGCUGAAUGUCCACGACCAAUACCGAAGCCAAUAAAAACAUUUCAGCAUGCUUUUAGCUCACAUCCAGAUCUCAUGAAGGUAAUUAAAAAACAAAAUUUUGCCACACCAUCACCUAUACAAUGUCAAGCAUGGCCGAUAAUCAUGAGUGGACAUGACUUGAUAGCAAUCGCCCAAACUGGUAUGGACAAGACAGACAAGACAUUGGCAUAUAUACUACCAGCUUUAAUUCAUUUACUUAAACAACCUACUCCACGCAAUGAACGCAUUGGACCAUCUGUGAUGAUAUUGGGACCAACAAGAGAACAUGUGCAACAAAUCCACGAUAAAAUAACAAAAUAUUUACAUAACAAUAUCAAAGUUACAUGUGUGGUUUCAAUACAAACCCAUCAACAACUUAUACAAGCUGAAAAACCAGAUAUUGUUGUAGCCACGCCAGGAAGGCUUAAUGAUUUGAUCAGUAUGCAAGCAAUUCAACUUAAACAUGUGUCUUAUUUGGUUCUUGAUGAAUUGGACCGCAUGUUAGAAAUGGGUUUUAAAAAUCAAAUAGAAUUGUCCCUUAGACAUAUGCAUCCAAAUAAACAAACUAUUUUGACGAGCGCUACAUGGCAAGUAGCUGUCCAAAAAUUUGCCAGUUACUUCACAAAAAAUCCUUUACAUAUUACAAUCGAUUCUCUGGAUUUAUCUACUGUGAAUACGGUAACUCAAAAAAUUAUUGUACUAAAUCAAAAUCAAAAGGAAGCUUGGUUAUAUGACUUUAUUAGCAACUCCCUCUCCAAGAAUGAUAAAGUCAUAAUAUUUAUGCAUAAGAAAAAUUUGGUUGAUAAGAUGUUUGAAUAUUUCAAUAACAAAAAUAUAGAAUGCAGAUGUAUACAUGGCGGACAGUUACAAGCUGAUAGCGAAAGAUCAUUGGUUGACAUGCGUAAUGGUGUUGUAUCCAUUCUUAUUGCUACAGAUGUAGCAUCCAGAGGAAUAGAUAUUCAUGGUAUCGGUGUAGUUAUUAACUAUGAUUUUCCUGUGAAUAUUAAAGAGUAUAUUUACAGAGUGAGUAGGACUGGUAGAGCAGGAAAAACGGGUUCAGCAAUUACUUUGUUCACUAACUAUGAUAAAUUCAAUGCUGCUCCCCUUAUUAGUGUUCUGGAAAAGUCUAAACAAUCUAUUCCACCGGAAUUAUACAAAAUGGUUACUAAAAAACAUCAAGUUAAAUAUUAAAGUUAAUUACUGUUUUACGCUUCAAUAAUUAUCUUGAAUUAUUAUGAUUAGUUUUUCAUUUUUCAUUUAAAUUAAU